CCCCGGAUCCUGUCCACAAUGAGCUUCCAGCUCCGCAGCUCCGCCCGCAUCCCUAGCCGGUCCUGCUCGUCAUUCACCCUGCUGGCAUUUCUGCUGCUGUUCACACUGCCACAGCAUCGAGCUCAAGCUGCUCCUUUCUCGGCCAUAGUUGCAACGGAGCUACGCUGUGUUUGCUUAACCGUAGCUCCAAGAAUUAACCCCAAAAUGAUCGCUAAUUUGGAGGUGAUCCCUGCAGGUCCACAUUGCCCCAAGGUGGAAGUCAUAGCUAAGCUGAAGAACCAGAAGGAUAAUGUUUGUCUUGACCCAGAAGCUCCGUUGAUAAAGAAAGUCAUUCAGAAAAUAUUGGGCAGUGAAAACAAGAAAACAAAGCGCAAUGCACUUGCACUGGUCAGAUCAGCCAGUACUCAAUAG